UGUCCAUUGAGCUAUUUUAGUCUGGUUACGUGACACAUCACAGAGAGCAGUUCAUUACAGAGCUCGAUCGACGUUUUGUUUGCAGUGGUCAUUUUUUAUUUCAGAUUUCAUAAUGUGGGGAAAUCAGCAGACGCCAUACAACCCAAAUCAAGGCUAUGGAGCUCAGCAGCACCCACCACCCCAACAGGGAUAUGGACAACCUCAACAAUACGCACCACCACCACAACAGCAAUAUGGAGCUCCUCAAUACAGACCUCAACAGCAGCAUCCACAACAAGCCUAUAAUCCACACCAGCAGCAACAGCAGCAGCAGCAGCAGCGUGGGUAUCAACAGUACGGAGCCCCACCUGGGGGAGCAGUACCUCCUGGUGGAGACCCUACUCUCUGGCAUUGGUUUCAGGCUGUAGAUGCAGAUAAGAGUGGAUCUAUUACUGCGGCUGAAUUGAGACAGGCUCUAGUCAAUGGCAACUGGUCACACUUUAAUGAAGAGACAUGCAGAUUAAUGAUCGGAAUGUUUGACAAAGACAAAAAUGGGACAAUUAAUUUCCAAGAGUUUGCCGCCUUGUGGAAGUACAUCCAAGAUUGGAAGCAGUGCUUUGAAAGAUUUGAUCGAGAUAGAUCAGGAAACAUUGAUGCAAAUGAGCUUCACCUUGCGCUUGCUUCAUUUGGUUACAAUGUUUCCCCUGCCUUUUGUUCAAUGAUAGUACAGAAGUUUGACCGGGGCUCUGUAAGAACAAUCAAACUAGACGACUUCAUUCAGUGUUGUGUGAUGAUUCGUUCGUUAACCGAGGCUUUCAGACAAAAAGACACAAAUGCUUCAGGAGUGAUUAAAAUUCACUUUGAAGAGUUCCUGGAAAUGGUUUUGGAAAAUGGUGUUCACUAGAUGUGACAUGUUGAGCAUUCUAGAUGUGACAUGUUGAGCAUUCAACAUGUGAGGUAAGAAUAUUGCUGGUGCCUCUCAAUCCCGUGGUAUGCACCUAGGGCCUUUCUCAAACCUCGGCUCGGGCUCCGGCUCAAACAAACAGUACAGAGUGUGACACAUCUAACAUUGCAGUUGGCUUGAUAUGGACUGCCUGUCAGGCAGGCUGCGUGGUGCAGCAAGACAGCAGUCAUGCCAGACUGGUUUAUGCGUGAUACAGUCGUUACACUACAAAUCCAAGUUCAAGCAGAAAAUAACUUUAAUGAUUUCUUCGUUGUCAAAAAAAAGAGAGUCACUACCAUCAACAAACAGAUUGGAACAAAAAGAGAUUCUUGAAGAUUUGUAUGCUCUCGAAACGGGGAUUCGUUCCACUGAACAUGAUCUCAAUCAUUGUGUCCCAUGUUUUACUGGGAUGCCUUUCAUUUUGUUCAUAUUAUAAACAUGUAAUAUGAGAGUAAGCCCUGAUACUUCACGAAGGUACAGAAGGCAUUUGCCUCCAUGCUCCCUCGUCAUUGCCUUAAUUCUUCACUGAGGCAACGAAGGCAACUGCAUCCAUGGCCCCUGGUCGUUGCCUUGGUAUCCUUGAAACGCUCCAGUAUCUUCAUAGGGUGCCCUUUACCAAGGAGAAAAUGUCUUGGUGCCCUAGCCCUUUCAAAAACGAAGCAUACAGGCCGGAUGUAUAAAAUAAAAUGAAAACUUACCUUACAGUGAUAUUCUUGAUAUGAAUAGCAUCUCUCUUUUGGAGAAGUUUUGGUUCUUAGAAAAACUGGAAUUUAGACAGACUUGAGGAUCCAACAUUCCGGCCUAAACUGGAUCCUGUUAGAAAAGUCACCAGACUAUUUCCUUUCUGGUUGAAUCAUGUACAGCCUCUCUAACUAAAACAAUAACCGGUAUGGUGCCUAAUCACCCUAGAAGUGAAAUAACACAACUUUGGAUGAGUGACAGGUAGUAUAACACUGUGCCUCAUAGCUCAGGUUGUACAGUAUCUGCCCAGAGUGCCUGGGAUCUUGGAUUCAAAUCCCAAUUAGGACCAUUUGAUUUUUCUCUCAGCUCAAGUCUUGCUUACGGUAGAAACUAAGGUACAAGGUUUUUUCUUUGACUUGGUCGUGAAAUCAGAAUAUUAACAAAUAUUUUGGUUCUUAUUCCUAAUUUUCAAAAUCAAAAAUAUAACAUUUUUAGCACAAGAGCAUUAUAUGUUUUCAAAGUUUGUUUU